AAUUGAUUUGUUCCAUACUCUUUCUACUUCAUACGCUGUAUACGUAGUAUAUUAGUUCCCACUAUACGAGAAUAUCAGUAUUCAAACUCAGUGUAUUAGUUUUCAGUAUUUUUCUCUACCAGAAUUACUACUAUUACUAAUAAAUACUCCAUCUACCGCUACUACCUAGUACAAUAUAUCAUAGAAUGAAGUUCUGGAAAUUCUCAUCUUCUGUGCUUGCCACCCUUCUCGCUGUCGUCUCUGUCCAAGCUUCGGGACCAGCCGAAGGCGACGCUGUCGCCGAUCCAAACUCCGCUGUCGUAAAGCUUACGGCCGAGACAUACAAACAGUUCCUUGACGAGAACCCUCUUGUUCUCGCCGAAUACUUUGCCCCAUGGUGUGGCUACUGUAAGAUGUUGGGACCUGAAUACGCCAAGGCUGCCAACUCGUUGAACGAAACCAACCCAAACAUCAAGUUGGCCCAGAUCGACUGUACCGAGGAAGAAGAACUCUGUCGUGACCAAGGUAUCAGAGGCUACCCUACCUUGAAGGUUGUCUCCAACGGCGCCUAUGCCGACUACGAUGGCCCCAGAGAUGCCGCCGGUAUCGCCAACUAUAUGGUCAAACAGUCUUUGCCUGCCGUCCAAGUGCCAGCUGACGCUGACGCUUUGACUGCUGCUAUUGAAGAACAGACCAAGCCAUAUGUCAUCCAAGUAGGUGCUUCUACUGACUCUGACGCCGCUUCCGCCUACGAGCAAGUCGCUAAGGCCAAUAGAAACGACUACUCUUUCUUCUCAGUGGAAGAGCCAGCUUUGGUCAAGGAAUUGAACACGAAGUUUACCAAUGUUAAAGUAACUGGCAAGUCCCCUUCAUACUACGUAGUCCAUCCUGGUCAAUUGGAUGACGUAAGAGAAUUUGAAGGCAAGGACAUCAAUGCUGACACUUUGACCCUGUUUGUUACCACCGAAGUUGUUCCAUACUUUGGCGACAUCAACAGAGACACCUACUUGACAUACAUGGGUUCUCCAUUGCCUCUCGGCUACUACUUCUACAACACUGCUGAACAGAGAGCUGCUUUUGCUGACGAAUUCUCGAAGUUGGGUAAGCAAUACCGUGGAAAGAUCAACUUUGUCGGUUUAGACGCUACCCAAUUCGGAAAGCACGCCGAGUCCAUCAACAUGGACCCAGCAAUCGUGCCUUUGUUCGCCAUCCAAGACACACCAAACAACAAGAAGUAUGGUGUUAACCAAAAGGAAAACCCAGAAGGUCCAUCUUUGAAGACGAUCAAACAGUUCGUUGCUGACUACCUCGACGACAAGUUGACUCCUAUCGUCAAGUCUGAAGAUUUGCCAACCGAAGAAGAAAAGAAAGCCAACCCAGUUGUCAAGUUGGUAGGCCACAACCACAACGAAAUCAUCGAAGAUGUCUCCAAGGACAUCUUUGUCAAGUACUAUGCUCCAUGGUGUGGCCACUGUAAGAAGAUGGCUCCUAUCUGGGAAGAAUUGGCUUCCGUUUUUGGCUCCAACAAGGACGACGCCAAGGUGGUCGUUGCCGACAUUGACCAUACCAACAAUGACGUCGUUCUUCCCUUCGAAAUCGAAGGCUACCCAACCUUGGUUUUAUAUCCUGCCAACGGUGAAGUUGACGAAAAGACCGGCUUGAGAAAGCCAGUUGUUUUCUCUGGCGCAAGAGAAUUAGAUGCCUUCAUUGACUUUGUAAAGGAAAAUGGUGCCCUUGGUGUUGACGGCCAUGUAUUGAAGGCUGCUCAAGACAAGGCAGCUGCUGAAGCUGCUCCUGAAGAAGAAGAAGAAGCCGCUGAAGAAGUUAAAGAAGAAGCUGCUGAAGAUGAGGAUGUUGAACACGACGAGUUGUAAGUUUCCUGAAAUCAGGCUAUAGCUUUCUGUAUAAUGUCAUGUUUAAAAGUGAGUGCAGUAUUGUAAUAUAAACUUGAAUUUGU